CAAAGGCAGCGAGCCGCCGCUGGGAAAUGUCAUCAGUCAACCUUAAUGGAGGAAUUAGACUUCAGACAAUCAAUGGUGUUAUUCUUUAAGGGGUGAAAUAACAGUUCGCGUUGCUUUUGUUGCUUUUGGUGUGAACAAGACUCCAGAUCUCGCAGCAGUAAGUGACAAGAAUCGGCUUUUGAGAAUCCACAGGUCUCCUUUUCUUUUUUUCUUCUUCUGUGUUCCUGGUGGAUCUGGACUGAAUGACGGCAGCAGAAGGACUGUUGCGUCGCUCUGACAUCGUGGACUUGUUUAUUGCACGGAGUGGAGUGAAUAAUGAAGUUAGCGCUUUCUAGAUAGAUGACAAAUGGCGAGUCAGGCGCUGUUUGGAAGACUCAUAUUCAAAUGAGCACGUAGAGAUUUCGCAGCCUCCUUUCUGCAACUCUUUUAUGCCCUUUUGUCGUCUGAAAUCCUGCCUUUCUGCGGAGUUUGGUUUGGAUUUGGAGUCGUGAAGGGGAAGUUACGUGCGCGCUGCCGAGGAGAGGCGCUGUCCCUGGUCCUGAAGUCCUGAAGUCCUCUCAACAACUCUUGUGAUCUUACUUGUGGCCUGUGUGUGAAGACAACUUCACAGUUAGAGGGGACACUGUCCAUCAGCAGCUCCACAAAGAGCUUAAUAUGGUAACUCAAACCAGAGUUCAUCUGCAAACUUUGGUACUUUUGAUUUUUGUUGUCCACCGGAGCCAGCCAGUAUGUGUCGAUGUCCCGUCGGACACUGACGCAGUGGUGGGGAGAUCCAUGAAGUUGACCUGCAUCUCCUGUAUGAAGAGGGAUGAGAUCAAAGCAAAGACAACAGUGGAUUGGUACUACAUGCCAGUAGAAGAAGAAGAAAACACUCCACCUGAAAAAACUCAAAUAUACCAGUAUAAAAUUGACACGCAUUAUGAUUUCGACGGGCCUUUUAAGGGCCGUCUGGCCUGGAAUGGGAGCCAGGACUUGCAGGAUGUGUCCAUUCGAAUCAUCAAUGUCACCUUAAAUGACACUGGCGUCUAUGAGUGCCAUGUUUUUCGCGAGUUUGAGUUCGACUUCUUCAAUCCCUCUGUGUCUGUCGAAAAGGAGAUCAGGUUGAAGGUGAAAGAGAAAGCCACUGGAGACGCCACAGCGAUCUACUCUGAGAUCAUGAUGUAUGUGCUACUGGUUUUCUUGACCUUCUGGCUGCUGGUGGAGAUGGUCUACUGCUACAGGAAGAUCUCCAAGUCUGAUGAGCAGACACAGGACCCAGCGACAAACUACCUAGCCAUUCCCUCUGAGCAGAAAGACCACCCAGCCGCACCGGUUACCGAAUAAACAUGGUUGUCAGUGACACGGUAUUAACAAAUCACUAUUGGACUUCAGUAUCAUGUGACAGAAACAGAUACAGAGUCCACAACCUCAUCUGUGCCACUAUGAAGGUAUCAUUACUCGCAGACAGCCAUGGGAAUCCUGCCAACCGACCUCCCCUGUGUAUCGACUGCAUUAUGUGAAGAACCAGUCAAAAAUGUCAAAGUGUUCAUUUUUUCUCCUCCCUUUCCUGCUUUUUUUAAAGAAAUAAUGCUGUGCCAGGCAUCUGAAAUGAAGGGCUUUUAUUAAAUACAGCAGGUCAAAGAUUAAAAAUGUCACUAUCCUGCACUUAUUUAUCAGAUAAAUACCAGCCAUGCUUCAUUUCGACAUGCCGGUGCGUAGAGUUACUGAACAUUUUCUUAGUAGUUAGUGGUGCCUCUGUGAUUUAUAACCUAUAAACAGGAAACGAUCCAAUGAAAAAAACUGUGCUGUCAAGACUGUCAUAUACACCCUAUACACUGACUCUGUAGUACUUAUUCAGUUCAUUC